AUGGAACCAGUCUCGGCUGUGUUCAGCAUUAUGGCGGCUCUGCCUCAGUGCAUCCAAUCAGCGAAGCAGCUGUACGACCUUCGCGAACGCUAUAAAGACGCCUCGAUGCUUAUCACCGCCAUAUACUCCGAGUCUAUGGUUAUAGCUGCCUCCUUAAGCCAAGUACAGAAUCUCUUGCAGAACGACUCUCUGCUACGGAAACCUUUGCUGCUGGAAACCUUCGACCGAGCCCUGACAGGAUGUCGUAUUGUAUAUGGGGCCUUGGAGGAAGAGGUCAGGGAUCUGGUGGAGAAGGCUCAACGUAAUGACCUCAAGUUCAAAGACAGGGCCAAAUACCUCUGGAAAGAAGAUACAUUCAAAGAACUCUUGACACAGAUAAGAGGACAGCAGUCGGCGCUCAGCUUGCUUAUACAGGGUCUACAAAUGGAGUCCAUGUCAGACAUCAGGAAAUUGGUUGAAGAUAACAGCGACAAACUCGAUCAGGUCGUCAAGCGGUCCAAGACAUUGCGCCAGACCCACCCGCGCAUCAUGGUCCCUGAAUCCAUCUUCAUGCAUGACAGCGGUGCCACAGAUGUAGCAGAAGCUCAAUCAGUAGUCAAGUCCGCGCAGUUCGAGUUUGACGAUCAGGUUGUCAACUCAAAAGCAUAUCAACGAGCCAUGGCACGCUACACAUUGAACGCAACGGACUUGGCUAAGUUUGAUCUCAAGAAUUUUGAAGCAACUGAGACUGAGGUCGGAGACGGAGAGUCUACCGAGAUUGGCACCAUACAAGGGCCUCAGCCAAGGCGCAACUCUCUAGUUGCGGCCAGAUCUGAACAACUCGUGGCUCAGAUCACCUCGGGGUCGGAAAUAGAAGAUCCAAUGGUUUUACCAAAGCCAACACAAGAUGUGCCGAAAUCAGAGGUCCAAUCUCCAGGGCUUCGACUUGCACACCAAGCUUCGCAUGUUGACCUCGCUCCAAAGCCGGCCAGCCCAGGGCUUCGUGUCCCUCGUCCGGUCUUCAGAAGCAGUGAAAUGCACGCUGUUUGGCUAGUACUGGUAGAGGCUGAACGUAAUUUCUUCGACCGCAUGACUCGGCUCAGGAAGUCGUUCUACGAUAACGUUGUAAGGCAAUGGCCUGCUCUCGAGCCGCAUCUAGGCAUUGUUUUGAUCGGCGAAAAGCUUGCUGCGACCAACAAGAAGCUCCUCUGGCUACCUAUGGAGCAGCAACUUCUCGAAUCUGACCAGGCAGUAUGUGAUCCUACCAUCUUCGAGACCUGGACCACGAAUAUACAACGUAUGUUCCGCGGGUACUGUCAAGCAUUGCCGCAUGCUCUCGGUGCGCUACGAGCAACUCAAAACAGCGACAGCAAAUUCACGCCGUUUGUUAACACCUUGGGUCUCAGCCUCGCCUACUUUGGCAAGAGUUGGGAGGAUUAUCUGAAGCUACCAAUCGUAGAACUUGAUCUGUGUAUCGAGAAGAUGCAAAGUUUCAUUAGCAUUGCAGCUGGUAUCAACCAUAUGGACGCAAACACUGAGGUACAGCGACUGACGCGUGCGCUUGAGGCCUUGUCGUGGCUGAAAUCCAAGUCCGCCGCGGUACUCGAGCAAUCGCAAAGUCAAGAAGACCUCCAGAACCUAGAACGGCGCAUACACGCACCCGACGCUGACAUUAUGUCGCGGCUCAAACUACGUGACGCCAGUCGGCGCGUAAGAUACCAGGGCGUUAUGACCAUGAAGUUCAAGAGCAAGGGGCCUUGGUACCCUGUGCACGUUGUGCUGCUUGACAACUUUCUGUUUUGGGGUGGCCUCAAACCACAAAAGAAAGGCACCGUUGAUAAGCUGGUAGUCAGUGAUGAACCGAUUCACGUCAAAGAGCUUGAAAUCCUGCUCCCGAGCGACCAACUUCAGUUCCAGAAGGCCACGAUGUUCGAUGAAGUGCCCAGAAACUCGAUUCAGUACAUCCUCAUGAUCAGGAGAAUGGAGCCUAAUGGCAAAGCACAUAUGCUCGGCUCACCGACAUACCAGGAGAGAAAAGCCUGGGUGACCCAUCUUGAAGCGGCAACUGGCACAAAAGCCGAAGUGGAGUGA